AUGGGACCACUCACAUUAGCGGCAACAUUGCUGCUGUCUCUUCCGGUAGUUCAAGCACAGGUUCCGCUAAUCAAGGGAUAUGGUGUGCUUUUUUACGACGACUUCACAGGGAAAAGCAACACAUCGCCCGACCCGAACAAAUGGAUUAUUGACACCGGAACAAGCUACCCGGGUGGUCCACAAAACUGGGGCACUUGGGAAGUCCAGACAUACACCAAUAACCUCAACAAUGUCCGGGUCAACGGGGCUGGAAAUCUUCAGAUCACCGCCAUCAAGGACACUGCCACAGGAUCAUGGACUUCUGGGCGCAUCGAGUCUCGCCAGGCCGAUUUCAUGGCCCGUCGGGGAGGAAUCCUGCGGGUCCAAGCUAGCUUGAAGAUCCCCAACCUAGGAGGCAGCGCAGGAAUUGGCUACUGGCCAGCGUUCUGGACCCUUGGCUCCGCGUACCGUGGCAAUUACUGGAACUGGCCAGCCGUCGGGGAGAUCGACAUUAUGGAGAAUGUUAACAACCUUGACCGGACCUGGGCCGUCUUGCACUGCGGCACGCAGCCGGGAGGGGUUUGCAACGAACCCUCCGGGCUCGGUGCUAACGGAGCCUGCCCUAACAAACCUUGCGUCGGUAAUUUUCACACCUACACUGUCGAAAUUGAUAGGACGAAGGCUGUGGAAGCGAUUCGCUGGUACGUCGAUAAUGUCCAGUAUCACCAGGUUCUCCAGUCACAGCUACCGGCCGCCACGUGGACGCAGGCCGUCCAAAGGCCCCAUUUUGUCUUGCUCAACUUGGCUAUCGGUGGUGCGUUUCCGGAUGCAGUGUACGGCAAGAAGACCCCUCUCAGCACCACUCUUUCUGGAGGCACGUACGAGGCGGAGUAUAUCGCCGUGUAUCAUACUCGCUGA